AUGGCACCCGGCACCGAGGUGGGCAUGGAUGACGAUAGUUUUCUUUGCAACUGGCCUAUCCCAGAGCCCUUGGGCUCUCCACUCAUGCCGCAGCAGACACCGGCCUUGGACUCAUUAGCCCAACCGAACCAUCACCCGGCAACUGCAGUGCCAGCCGAUGUCACCUUCGACUCUUUUGCAGUUGAAAGCUCAAACUUCCCUCCAUCAAUCUUCAAUGCGGGAAUCAACCCUCAAUAUCUCAGUCCCCAGCCCUCAUCAUUCCAUACUGCAUUUCCAGUCACUUCAACUGGGCUUUUUGACCUGCAAGGUGGCCAAUGGCCUCUUGCAGACUCGGGAUCGUUUGCCAUGCCGGCACCACAGCCUAACUUGGGAGUCGACCCGACAAACAUUUUCUUGCAUUAUCCACACACUCCACCCCCGCUACAAGACAUGGCUGUUCCAGUUCCUCAAACUGGUUUUACUGAGCUGCAAGGUAGCCAAGGGUCUCUUGCAGCAUCAGCAUCUUGGGCGCUUCCAGGAGCCAUCCCCGAGUCGGGGAUCGACCCGGCAAACAUUUUCGGCCAGCAAUCAUACCAUACGGUCGCUCCCGUUUCUCAACAAGGGCUUCCUCAGCCGCUCGGUGGCCAAUGGCCGCCUGUAGGAUCGGCAUCGUUGCCGCCUUCAGUGGUAGCCAUGCCCAACGCGGGAAGCGACCCGGUGAAUUUUUCGCUACAGCACCCUGACCUCUAUCCACCGCCGAACCAACAUACUGGUGUUUCACUUAUCCCAGCUAUUCCUUCGACCAGCUAUCACGCUGGCGUUCCCCAACAGUCGGGGACCCAAUUGCCUCUUGGCAAUGUGGGAUCAGAGGUGGUUCCGGCUGGGCAAGAGUCUCCGGCUCAAGAUACCUCAGAUGCUGGCCCACGCUACAUACGAUUGGCCAGCCGGGAAUUCAAAUGCUGUGAAUGUGGCUUGAUCGUCAAAAAGAACCGGCGAAAAAACAUGACCCGGCAUAUUAGCACGAAACACCCCAAACCCGGAGAUCCUCAGCGGCCUCUAUAUGAAUGCGACCAGUGCGGUAAGACCUAUAUGAACUCGGGUGAAUUGGCCCAGCAUAAAAGGGACGAUCAUGAUGCGCCGCCACCCAAGCCGCGGGCAACGAAGCAGAAAGCAGCUUCGGAAAAGUUCCCGUGUCAGGUAGCCGGAUGUAAGCAUGAAUAUGUCAGCUUGGAGUCGCAAGCUUAUUACAGGCACCUCCAAGAAAAGCACGGGUUGGAGGUGGAAAGAAAAAUCGAAGAACGGGAGAUGGUCCCAACUUCACCACCACAUAACCCAAUUGCUGGCCCAUCACGGCCUCGGGGACCACCAGUCCUAUGA